CGUCGUACUCGGCUUCAAUGAGCUGUCGUGCCGGAAGGAAAGAUGGCGGAUCAAGAGGAGCAGUUGUCUGAGGGGGAGAAGGUACGCAUAGCAGCUAACUUUGUCAUUCAUGCUCCCCCUGGAGAGUUUAAUGAAGUUUUCAAUGAUGUGCGAUUGCUGCUCAACGAUGACAAUCUUCUCAGGGAAGGUGCAGCUCAUGCAUUUGCACAGUACAAUGUGGACCAGUUUACACCAGUGAAAGUUGAUGGGUAUGACGACCAGGUCUUAAUCACGGAACAUGGUGACCUUGGAACUGGAAGAUAUCUGGAUCCAAAGAACAAGAUUUCCUUCAAGUUUGACCACUUGCGGAAGGAAGCAAGCGACCCUCGCUCUCAAGAUGUGGAGAAUGCGCUGGAGUCUUGGAGGAGUGCUGUGGACAGUGCUGUCAGGGCUUAUGUCAAGGAGCAUUACCCAAAUGGUGUCUGCACUAUAUAUGGGAAGACUAUUGACGGACAUCAAACCAUCAUUGUGUGUAUUGAGUGCCAUCAGUUUCAACCAAAAAAUUUCUGGAAUGGGCGCUGGAGGUCAGAAUGGAAAUUUACCAUCACCCCAGCAACAACUCAAGUGGUGGGCCUUAUGAAAAUCCAGGUUCACUACUAUGAAGAUGGAAAUGUUCAGCUUGUGAGUCACAAAGAUGUUCAAGAUUCUAUGUCUCUUUCUAACGAAGCUCAAACUGCAAAGGAAUUCAUCAAGAUCAUGGCGGCUGCAGAAAACGAAUACCAGACUGCCAUUAAUGAGAACUACCAGACCAUGUCGGACACUACUUUCAAAGCCUUACGUCGACAGCUACCAGUUACUCGCACCAAGAUUGACUGGAAUAAGAUCCUAAGCUACAAGAUCGGAAAAGAGAUGCAGAACGCUUAAAAAAUGAACAUUGCAUGACUGGAUUAUUGUGUUGUCCUUGUGUAAAUUAAAAAAUACAUAAAAGGUUUGGUCUCACACUAUGUAAAACAUUUAUUACACUAAAGAUACCUACUUUUAAUAAGCAGAUUUUAUACAGAGGAUUUCCAUUAAAACUUACUAUAACCACAGCAUUGGGUUUUCAUCAUAAAUUAUUAUUUUUUUGUUUCUUAAACAUCCGUAUUUAAUCUUAAAUGAAAAAAAGAUGUUUUCCUUUUAAAAGAAAUAUCAAUAUUGUCACACCUAUAGUUUUUAAUUAAAGUGGUGGGACCACACCUUUUAAAAUAUUGUGAUAUGGAGAGGCAAUUUAGAUAUUAAAAGAAAUUAUUUUAAAUUAACCAAUAGCGUAGUUUUUGUUUUUAAAAAGGAAAACAAAUAGGAAUAUUCUGAAAUGUAUUCUUCAUUUAAUUUCAUUACUGUGAAAAGCAGCCACCCCAGCCAUCACAUAACGUCUUGUCAUCAUUUUGUAUUCUUCAUAGUAUGUAUGCUGAGCAAAAUAUAACAUCUCUCUCUUUGCUACAAAGAUAUGCACAGGUUAUAAUUUUGCUUCAUGACAUGAUCAUGUAUCCUAGCAAAGAAAGGCAAGGUUUCAUUAAUGAGGUCUUUUGAUCUGUAUCUUAAUACAUCUUACUAAAAACACAAAGAAAUAUACUGCUUUAAUAUGUGCUUAUGUUAACUGCUUAAAAUAAGUUUGUAUUACAUUUGCCCUUUUAACUGUUUAUUUUUAUUAAACAGACAUGACUGUAUUAUAGCAAGGCACAUUGUAAUAUAUAAUACCUGUAUUAAAAAUCUUGUCUGUCCGUUUGGUGACUUUUCUUUGCACUCUUGAAAUGAACUGUAAUACAAUAUCAAUUGUGUUGCAUUAAAUGAUGGAUUUUCUAUUUAAUUGAGUAGUAAAUGACUCUGUUCACAAUGUAUAUAUUUUUUGCUGGAAAAUAACAUUUUCCACUUUACCCACCCAUCCACUGAUGUCUUAUUGGAUCUGUUAAUAAAUAUGAUAGUAACUUGA